GCUCCGGCUCCAUGUGCACUUCGCGGACUGUCAACAUUGCCUUUAACUCUCAGAGGAAGAUCUGCAGCUUGUCGUUGUUGUUUUUUUUCACUCGGAACGGCGUUCUGGAACAUACUUUAGACGUCGUCGCCAUGAAAGUGGUUGGAUCUACCUGCGCGCUGAAGAGCAAAGUGGGCGGCGAGGACGUGGUGCGCUGCCUGUCCGAGCAGAGCCUCGCCAUCUCCAAGUGCAAGAUCCCGCUGCUGGACGAGCAGAUGAGCGUCUUCCUGCAGGACAUGAACAGCUGCUACAGCAAGCUGAAGGAGCUGGUGCCCACCCUGCCCACGCACAAGAAGGCCAGCAAGGUGGAGAUCCUGCAGCACGUCAUCGACUACAUCUGGGACCUGCAGGUGGAGCUCGACGAGCCGGAGAAGAGUCGCCAGCAGGCGGCGCAGCGCACGCCGCUCACCGCCCUCAACGCGGAGCUCGCCGGCAUCGCCGUGGAGAGCGGCUGCUCGGACGACAGGAUCAUGUGUCGCUAACGAUGACGUCACCGCGUCCAGGUGAAAGCGCGAACUGUGCCGGGGAGGAUGCUUGUCAACAUUCCCCCCCCCCAAGAGACUAAUCCGCGAGUUGCGUGGACAUUCCUCGAGUGGAGAAGAUGUCAAGGAUGUUUCUUCAAGGCUCAUCAGCAGAGGAAGGUGUCCACUCCAAGGCCGGGUGGGGGUCGGGGGUAGUGGGGGUGGACCAAGGACCUGCAAGACUCUUGUUCAGUUCUUGCAUCUUGUGCUCCCCCCCCCCCAAAAAAAACUUUCCACAAUUUUGUACAAAAAGAAAAAGUGAUCAUUUCUCAGAUUCCUGAGCGACAAACUGUAUUGUAUAUUACAAUGACACAUUAUGUGAACAUAUUGUUUUCUUACGAUGUACUUUAUCCAUGUUUUUUAUUAAAACAAGACAAUUAUUUUUCAACAAGAA